CAGCCACUCCCUCCCCUCCAGCCACUCUGCUGGUUGCUACACGUCCGCUUCCGGUUUGGUUGCCAGGGACCGCAGGUGAGGUGGUGGUGGGGGGAGCGUUGCUAUUUCUUUCAUUCUUUCAGUUACGGUCUGCGAAAUAAAACGACACGCACGGCGAGGGAUAUAAAAGCACGAGCUAUUUAUCAUUGUUCGGUCGCCUCCCACUUAGAUUCCAGGUUCGGUGAGAGCUGACGUCAUCGGUGCGUGACGUCACGGCAGUGGGCUCUGCAGUGCUUAUGGUUGUAGAUAAAGAUGGACGUGGAGGCUAGUGAUGCCUGCUGUGUUAUAGUUGCUGCAGGUAGGGUGCCUGGUUACAUCACCCAUGGCUCACUCUGGGCACCAAGAAGGGGGGGGGGGGGCAAAAAACAGACAUUGCACCAUGGAUACCAUACCCACACCCAGGGCUGCAUUGCAGAGCAGGUUUCAUUCACAGCCUGCAGUAUGGCAAGGCAUGCAGUUACCAGUGAGGAGUCACACAGUUGGCCAGAUAGAGGUAUAUUAUUAUUAUUUAUAUAGCGCCAACAGAUUCCGUAGCGCUUUACAAUAUAUGUUACUGCAGUACCUGCAUUACAAAAAUAUAAAAAAAUGCCAAAGUUCCUUUUGUGUUGCAUGCACCUCCCACUGCAGCUCAAAACAGGACAUUAUACAAGAAAUGAAAGAUUGAGGACAACACAACCAAAUGCUAUACGCACAAGUGCUACAGGAAUGUAUCGAAGGAGAAAGUGUGUAAUACAGCAGUCUUUUCGGGUUACCCCCUUUUGUCAAUGCAUAAUGUUCCUAACUGUUCCUUCACAUAUUAACGGACUUGAUAGGUUUAUUGGAUUCACUCGUCAUACUUUAUACUACCUACCUUUCAACAGCAGGACAGUAAUAGGGCUGGGGCCACUGUUUGCUUUCCUAGAUGUUAUCUUUGAUCAGAUGUGAAAUGUACAGUAAAAGUUUAAAUGUGCUUAUACAAAACAAGGUGAUGAUUGUAGGGGGAAUAUCAAUGCUUCCUUAAAGAGAAAUAUAGUAAAAUAUAAUCAGUUUAGUAGAUAUACCCUUAAUGAAAACACGCAUGCAUUUACUGGCAAUUAAAGGACCACUAUAGUGCCCCCACCCUCAGGGUCCACAUCCUGCUGGGCUGAAGUUGGAGGAAGGGGUUAAACAUUUACCUUUCUCCAGUGCUGGGGACUCUCCUCCCUCCCUCAAGAGCCACGCGCUCAUUCAAUCAGUCCAUAGGAAAGCAUUCUCAAUGCUUUCCUAUGGACGCUGGUGUCUUCUCACUGUGAAAAUCACAGUGAGAAGCGCAGAGGCGCCUCUAGCGGCUGUCAAUGAGACAGCCACUAGAGGCUGGAUUAACCCAUAUGUAAACAUAGCAGUUUCUCUGCUAUGUUUACAGCAGGCAGGAUUAAUCCUAGAUGGACCUGGCACCCAGACCACUUCAUUAAGCUGAAGUGGUCUGGGUGCCUAUAGUGGUCCUUUUAAGCAUUUGUUUUAUUGGGGGUUUAUCUAGCUUACAAAAGCUGCAGAUCUCUUGUCUGCACCAGUUGCAAGCUCUCUGUUUCUGACUCAGCCCAGACUUUCUGUGGCUCGGCUAGAAUCCCCUGCCCCCUUGAGUUUAGCUCCCCUGAGCUAAACAACUAGGAAGUAGCAGGAUCAGUUGUCUGAUUGAUAGGCAGGAUGGUGUAACAAGGUUCAUAUAUAAAAGUGCCUAUUUCUACAGGAAUCUGCACUUUUUGUAAAAUUAAAAAAAAAAAAACACAGGAUACACUCUUCACACAUAAAGCACUUCAGCGGUCUGGAGUGUUCUUUUAAGUAGUGCACCGUAUACCAGUAGCCCAGCUUGAGCGCAUUACCCUGCAGCCUGUCAUCCAGGCUGGUAUAUGCGCCAGGAUGGCGUGCAUCGGCUGGACACAUCACUAGUUACUCAUAUUGUCACUUGCAAACACCACACCUGCUUAACCCCUCUUCCCCAGCAGCAUACAUUCCAAAGUUGGCAAACAUAUUACUUUAUGGAACUCCUUUUUAUAUCCUGUCAAUCAAUAUGUUUCCUUUAAGUCUAAAGUAAUAUUUGUCCAGGAAACGUGGUGGAACUGACAACCAGAGCUUUGGAGUCGGUAACAAUUUCACAAAAAAAUCCUGGAAGUGCAAACUGAGCAUAAGUACAUACAUAUACCUCUCGUGACUCUUUUGGAUGAAUAGAGGCAUGCCCCACAGUACAAGAAAGACAAAAAAAAACUAAACUGGCAGAGCAAGUAUCAUAGGCACGUUUUCUAUUGCUUAGGGUUAAGAAUUGGGUUUAUGAACCUGUUUAUUAUGGCAAUUUGUGUUAAAGGGGAAAUAUCACUUAUAUGAAAAUUACAUAAUUGAAUUAAACAUUAAAAGUGAUCUAUAACUUGUGUUAACCUUUGUCACGUAUUACACUUUUUUUUUUUUUUUUUUUAAAUUUAUAGUAAAGAUUUAGCAAAUGACAUCAGUCCAAGCACACCUUGCAUUAAAGGAAGAGAAUUAAACAUUUUCACUUUUGUUACAGAAUCUGAUUCCUCUGACAUCAUGCCAUUCCUCCAUGGUUUUCGGAGGAUUAUCUUUGAAUAUCAACCUCUGGUGGAUGAGAUCCUCCGGGCCGUGGGCAUCCGUGACCCAGAGCAGCCAGAGGUCAGCGUCGCUAGUGAAAGGUAACAGAAGCUCAUUGGUUCAUUUGUAAAGACAUUUUAAUAAUCUAGUCAUCAGUUAUCUACACUCUCUUUUUUGCUUGGUGGCAGCUACCUGGUGGGAGAUGGUGACAGGUUUGCUGCUCUGAAUGAAUUGCUUGAAAAACUUUCACAGUCUGCAUUUUACAAGGAGGGUGUGAGCUGUUCACUGUUGAAGGUGGCUGAGCUAGGGUCUGUACCUGCAGCUGCAAUCCUCCUACAGAAUGGUGCGGAUCUCAGCUUUGAAGGUAAAUAUCAUGCUUUCCCUCAUCCUCUUUCCUCUUCAAGCCUGCAUUUAUUCUUUGAGAUGAUCUUCUAUUAGUUUUUAGUUCUUUAAAAUCAGAUCAGCCUUCAGUUAAAAUGAACUGAAUUAUUUGCACCAGGACUGUUAAAUGAACACUAAAACAUUACGAAUAUAAACCUAUAUUCCUAAUGCUUUAUUGUUCCUGUCCCUAGGUAUAUUCAGUCCCUCACUCCCUGUCUCCCAAGGGGAAAGUUGGUUGCCAGGGCACUCCUGGCACCAUAACUACUAAAGUAAUGAUGUUUGGAAUUUUCCUUUAAAUCCGAAUGGCAAAAUGUUGUCCAUAGUCGUUGAUCGGGAAAUUGUCUCCAACAUGGUGAUAAUCACAAGCUUUUUUUUUUUUUUUUUUGCCUAUUUUUCACAAUUUUAAUUUUAGUUUGCUGCACUUUAGUGUAUAGUAAAUAACUGAUAAAAGUCCUAUUUUGAUAUUGAAAUGGAUGCUGACACCUACAGAGUUAUUGAUUUAAUCAAGAGAUAACUAUUUAAAAAUGCAGCUUUGUUAUUCUGACCUAACCUUUUUCAGCACCCUUAUUUGUUCAGUGCAUAAUCCUGCUAGAAACUAAAUUCCUUUAGACAAAAAAACUACCCUCUUUUUAUUUUUGGAAUUAUUAUUUUUUUUUUAAUGUAUUAUUUAUUUACUACAAAUUUGUAAUAUGUGUCACAAGACAAAGAGAAGCAGAGAUUCAAAUGAGACAUUCUAGUGCCUUUUUACAUAAACAAAGCAAUGUUUUAUUUACUUUGCAUUUCAAAAGUAGAUCUGAAUGUUUUCAGGAAAUCUGCAGACGUCAAACUGUAUCUACUGAUCCUUGCAACCACGAAAGGCUGAUUUCCUGAAGAAAGCCCUGAAGUAGUUGGGGGAGAAAUGUUCCCUCAUUACAUAUGGAGGUUUUCUCCAUUGUUUAUAAACAAUUAUAUAUAUAAACACCAACACGUGUGUGUGUAUACAAGGGUCACACUAGGCACCACAACCACUUAAUCUCAUUAAAAUGGCUAUCAUCUUUGGAGCUGUCUGGAUGUUAAAUUGUUCUUGAUCAGUUUGAUACAGAGUGAGACUCCAAUGGCCCUAACUCUGUAUCAGCCAUAACAAUUCACACAGGUGAUUGGCAGCCGUGAUAGGCUGAGAUUGUCAGCCUAUCACGGCUGCCAAUCACCUAAUCUCAGUUGACAAUCUCAGCCUGUCACAGCCACCAGUCGCUGCUCGGGCUAAAGUGGAAGCACCUGGGAUCCUCAUUCAGUCUGAAACAGUUUUGACACUGGACUGGAUUAGGGGGCACCAGGCACGAUAACCACUUCAAUGUGUGUAGAGUUUCCCUUUAAAAUAAUUUAUAAAGUUGCCAGAAACCUUUUUGUAUGAUAUAAAACUCAAAUUAUGCUUUCCCACCUCUAAUCUAAAGCAAAAGGACAUCUUGGUGGUAUUAAAGUCUGAUUGAUUAAGAUACGGCAAUUUUGUAUAGAUUUUUUUGGUGUUUACACUGCAUUGCUUCACUCAGUGAUCAUAUCCAUUGUGCCUUUUGCAGAUCCUGUAACAUAUUACACAGCUUUGCAUAUUGCUGUCCUUCGGAACCAGCCAGACAUGGUGGAGCUGCUAAUACAGAGCGGAGCUGAUAUUAACAAAAGGGACAGGGUGAGAAUUAGGUCUUUUUUUUUAUAGUGCAUUAUUAUUAUUAUUUUAAUCUGCAAAAUAUUGAUUAUAUUACUAUAUUGUAAAGGUGUCUAAUAUUGACAAAUAUAAAUUUCUGUCUGCUUGAAAAUGCUUUGACAGGAAAUCGGACUUAUAACACAAUAACCACUGUGAGCUGUAGUGGUUUUGGUGAUUAGAACAUCCUUGUAAUAUUAGAAUGUUGGUUUGAUGGUAUUGUUGAAUAAUAAUGCUUGACAUACAAUCAUUUUUGAUAUGCAGAUCCACGAAAGCAGCCCUUUGGAUUUGGCUAGUGAGGAACCAGAGCGGCUUCCAUGUUUACAGAGGCUACUCCAACUUGGCGCGGAUGUAAACGCAGCUGAUAGAAAUGGUUAGUACCACUAAGUACCACAGAUUAAACUGAGGCUAUGCAGGCAGGGAAAGACAGGGAGAAACCUUUUCUCUCCACUUGCACCCUUUUCCUUAUUUGCAGCCAUCUGUUUUUACCAUUCUCUUAUUUUCCUUUUAGCCAUCUGUAAAUUAAUUUUAACCCCAUCCCCACCUGAGUCACCUUAAUGACUUUAACUUAAUUUCAACUCAAGCCCUACAAUCGUUUCUUAACUUUAAGCAAAACAUUAUUCAAAUACUGACCUAACCCUCUUUUUUUUUAAUGUUGUGAUGGACCACCUGGCUCCCCGACUGGGUACCUCUGUCAAUCGCUGCUUCCUAGUACUUGCGAGCACCGUAAACCCCACAAACCGUGGCAGCUUGGUUGGGGUCUCGCUGUCCUCCACCCACCCUGGACCCAAGACCAGGAUCCAGCUUCCAGUGGGUAGACCUUUCCUAGUACAGAGAGGCUGCUCUUACAAGAGCAAAUGUCAUGAUCCAAGAGAGUAUAGUGAUUAUUGCAAUCCCCAGAGUGUGAAUAUAGCUCUCCAAUCCCCUAAACAUGAGCCUAGACUUCAUGAAGGGUAAAACAAAUCACAAAUCUUGUUUAAUGGUAGCCACAACUGGCCUUUUAUGACAGUCCCCAUGCAAUGGGCACCCUCCGGACCUGAGAGUAAACCACAGUAGAAACAAAUACACAAUCACAUUGGUUCUCAGGUCCAGGACACUCCCAUACAAAAUAAGUUAAUCCCUCCUCUAUGCCUGGGAGAUAAUUGAGUCAAGCAUUAUACUAAACUCAAAUAUCUCCAAACACAAAACAUACACAUUUUUACAAAACCUCCCAAAUAGCUUAAAACACACAAAAUCCUCACAAAAGUUACAUCCCCUAAUAGCCCUGAUCUGGGUGACCAACAUAUCCAAAAAUCACCAGAUCAGUUCAGGAAUUUCCUGGAAGUCUUAAUUUUGACCGACCGCCCGCAUGGUCCCAUGCCCAAAACAGUUCCAGAGAAACAGGGCUUGUGGUCGGUCUAGUUCAGUAGUUUAAAAACGAACAAACAACCAAAGUCAAUAGUCUUACCCUGGAGCUUGAUCCCCUUGUUCGUGGGAACGUUUCCACCGAACAGCGCUUUUCUAAGUGUUGUGGAACCGAACGCAGGCGAUGCUGGAAGUCCGGGUUCGGGAGUUUCCGUGUCCGUUUUCAGUUACAUGAGAUUCGUGCCCAAACACCGCUGCCUGCUUCCAUGCAAACAAGAUGGCCACCACCUCAUGGAGGGAAUUGCGGCCACCCAGACGAACACUUAAAACACUGCGGUGGAAAUUGCUACAAAGUAGCAAUUAGGCUUAACAAGCUCCAGGGUGGUCUCCAGUUUGUGCUGCUGUUCGGUUCCCGAACCAAAUAUAGAAUCCCACGAACCAAGUCUGUUCACAUUGUUUUUUAAAGGGCCCAUAGUCUCUUUUUAAGAGGCUGGCCAGCAGGCCCCUCCAAGAACACGUGACGGUUAGUCACAAAUGUAUUAUAUAGAUAAAUAAUUAAUUUGAAUUUCUUUAAAAACACUGCAUUUUAACGAUCCUACUGCACUUACACACAAGUAAGACGCAAUCCGGAAUCUUUCAUUCUGGUCUCUUGGGUUUGAUCAUAUCCCAUAAACUUCUGUCCAGGAUAACAUUAUAGUAUAAGUAGUUUCUCACAGCAGCUGGUCAAGUCAUGACAAAGGAUGAGUGGAACUGCUUUAAAAACUUAUAGCAGUUAUACUGUGGGCACGCCGUUUAGUUAACUGGGCCUGAGCUCAGCUGCAGUUCUCUCUAAGAGAGAGAUCAGUCCACAUAUACCUCACACACAACUUGGAUAACAACACUGGCACUGAGAGUUCCGGCUCCCUUAUUAAUAUUACAAAUGUUACUUUUAUUUAUUCAUUUAUUUUUAAUUGUAAGAUUUUUUCUUUUUAAUUUGGCAGGAAAAACGGCAUUAUUGCAUGCGUUGGCCAGUAGCGAUGGAGUUCAAAUACACAAUAUUGAAAAUAUCCGGCUACUGCUGGAGGGAGGUAAGCAUUCUGAAUGUAAUUAUACCUUCUGUGUUCUGUUAAUGCAAGAAGCUACGUUACCACAAUUCAUAACAUGUGGGUUACAAGAAAGAAAUGGAGAGUUGCGUGUGGACCCCAUCACAAACAUGAGGACUUCAGAUUUCUGUUUGGUAUUGUUAGGCAACCUCUGGCUCCUAUGAACCAGGGUUCUCAUGAUACCCUACCAUUUGGGCUUUAAUAUACUGUCCCUUGCCUGUCACUAGUGAUGUCGGAGGGGAAAAGGUUCUGUCUAUGGAGGAUCCCACAGUCUCCAUCGAUCUGUGUUGUACUCUUGCGCAUGCUAGAGAGUGGAACGCUGACAAUGGAACUUGGCAGCUGAAGCUCCAGGAGCUGAUGAGGACUGACAGGAAGCAGUUGGCAGUGGCUGCAAGGGACAGGUUCAGGUAAGUACAACUCUGCACUAGAACCCUUCCCCUGCCCCCUCCAGCUGCCACACUGCCUGCAGAGCAGUCACCAUCAGGGCUUUUUGAAAAUUAUGCAAAUAACCCUGACGGUAAUGGAGCCACUUUAAGUAUUUAUUUUGAAGAUGUUGCUACAUUUUCCAAGUCUGAAUUACACAGACUCUUCAAAGAAGGGAAAUCUUCUAAUAAAUUCCUUUGAUCAUUUAAUUUGCAUCUAACCAGGAACAAUAAUACAGUUCCAAUGGUGGAAAAAUGAUACCAUACCAUGAUACCACAUGGGCACUCAUCACUACCAAUCCUUCAAAAGAAGGUUGUGGACUUCAUUUAGGUUCACAUUGCAUCUAAGCUAAUCACCAAAUUUUAAGAAACUGCAGGCGAUUUGGUAUGUUCUAGUUCAUUUCAAGCAGCAGAUCAGGCAAGGAGUAGUUUCAGUCAGUUUGUAGAUCCUUUUAAGGUGCUUUUGCAUAGCUGUCCACCUGUAAAGAAGAUUGUGCUUUGAGUUUGUUGGAUUCUUAAACAAUUACUGAAUUCCAUCUGGGAGUCAAUAUUUGAACCUAUGGAACCAUAUUCCAUGAAACCUUUUGACAUUGAAAACUGUAUUCCUGGUAGCGGUCUCUUCAGCGACACAGUUGGGAGAAUAACAAGCUUUCAUCUCUACCUUCUUACAUUGUUUUUCACGAGGAAAAAGUGGUUCUCCGCCUCCAACUUCACCAUUUUCUGUCCAUUGAAUUUAAAGGAUACUUUGGUCACCAGAAAAAUUUAGCUUAAUGAAGCAGUUUUGGUGUAUAGAUGAAGUCCCUUCAGUUUCACAGUUCUUUGCCAUUUAGGAGUUAUUCAGACCUAGUCACACCUCUCUGCAUGUGACUUAAACAAUCUUCCUAAACAUUUCCUGUAAAGAGCCAUCUAACAUUUAAAUUUCCUUUAUUGCACCAGUCUGUUUAAGUUAGAAUGAAUUAUCUCCUGCUCUGUUAAUAGCCCUCUACAGCCUGCAGGAGCCUCCUGUGUGUGAUUAAAUAUCAAUUUACAGAAUAGGAAAUACAAAAUUCUAAUGUUAGUUAACAUUUGAUUGAAAAUGAAACUAUUUCAUUAAUGCAUACUGUUUGAGUCACAACCAGUGGAGGUGUGGAUAAAAUAAAAGUUAUUAAACUCCUAAUUGGCAGAGAAUUAAGCAGUGAGACUGCAAGGGCAUGAUCUAUACCAAGGAUCUACAAACCAAAACUGCUUCAUUAAGCUAAACUUGUUUUGAUGCUUAUAGUAUCCCUUUAAGGAACUGAUUCGUAUGGUUUACUGCUUUUAAUCAGGUCCGCCGCCACUCCCUGAACAAUGAAGGCUCCAGCUACUCCAAAUUUAGAUUGUCUUCCCUUCACAAAUUUUCCAGAUAUUAUCAUCUGGACCUCAGAAGGUACUGGGUUCUAGGUGUUACAGGUGGUGGUUUGAAUAUUUGAGAUGUUCUGACCCUCACAUUUGUACUGGCAAGAUCCCAACAUAAAUACUGCUGAGAGCACAAUGGGGGGGAAAUUGAAUUUUAUUUAUCGUAAUCCUUUUUCAUGAGUAUUUGAGGCAAUACUAGUCUCCUUCCUUAAUGAUUAUAUAAAUUAUUUGCAGUAUAUGUGUAUUUUGCAUGGCUAGUAGUCUGCAGGUCAAGGGGCUCUGUUUACUGCUCAGGGUAGCUAUCUGUAGGUGGAAUGGGUUACCAAAACUUAAGCACAGCCCCAAACACUCAGGAAAAAUGAAUUUAUGAUAGGUAAAAUUCUGUUUUCUGGUUAAUCACUUAUACAAGUAUACAUAUUAUACUUCGUGAAGUUUACAUCAGUUUCUGCAUGUGCUUGCAUUUGUGCUCUCCCGCAAUGCCGAAUAGCACACCAUAUUGUCUGGUGUAAGGCUUUGUCUCUGACAUUGUGGAAGUCAUAUUUGAAGUUUUGGCUGUGCCUCAUGGGAACAGGGAUGUAAAUUGUAUUGCAAUUUUUGCCAGCAGAAGAUAUGUUCUAUUCUAAAAUCAUGGGCCGUCAUGCAUAGAGAUUUGUAGAAAAGAGCAGGACAAUCUUCUUACUUUUUGUAUCUGUAUAUUUGUGUGUAUAUCAUGUUGUCUGUAACUCAACCAAUUUAUCCAAUUCCAUUUUUAUUUUCAGGAUCUGAUGUGAAGGCCACCACAAAGGAUUACGAUACCGUAUUCACUUGCAUUAUAUUCUUAUUGGGAGAGACUGUAGGCUCUGACAUAGAGGAAGCCAAGCUCAUCAAUCAUUUCUGCUUUCAAGUAACUCAGCUCCUGAUGGCUCACGGGGCAGAUCCCAGCGAUUGUCCAUCACAUGAGUCUCUCACUCAUACAUGCCUGAAGAAUUUCAAGAUCCACUUUCCACUGCUGCGUUUCCUGUUGGAAUCAGGGGCUUCUUACAAUUGCUCUCAACACGGCCCUUCGUGCUGGUCUGGCUGCCACAUAGUGUUGGACAGGUUGUGUAGUUACCUUGGCAGCUGCGAGGACUGCGAUUCCGUGGACCUGCUGCAAAAAGCAGAAUGCGCAUUGGACCUUAUGGUAGCACAUUCUCCCCACAUCAAACUCCCCAGAAACUUUGAAAUAAACACAGCGAGUUGUAAAAAUCAUGCUGAGAAAGUGACCGCUUUGCAACAUUCCCUAAAACAAAUGGAGCAGUCUUUCCCUACACUGAAACACUUGUGUAGGGUGUACAUUCGGCAGAGGCUCUGGCCCUGGCCCGUUGAUGUGAAAGUAAAAGCCCUACCCCUUCCAGACCGACUAAAAUGGUAUCUUCUCCUCAACCACACAGCUUCCUGUUCAAAUGAGGAAGAUUUGUAAAUUGAAAGCAACACAUCAAUCAUUGUUAUGUAACUCAUCACUGUCGAUAUAUUCCUGCCCUUACCUAUUCCCACUGGCAUCUGCAAAAGGUUGCCUAGCUGUAACAUAAAAAAAUCAUCUCUGCAUGUGUCUGCCAUUUUUCAAAUCAAAAACAGAAGAGGAUAAAAUAAACUAUUCCAAUAAACAUCUACCCUGGGAGUAAAGUUUUAUGCAUUUUUUGUUUUGUUUAAUGUUAACUACCUUUUUUCAUUAAAAGGGAUUUUAAAGGUAAAGUGAAAGCAUCCUCUUAAACGCCCUAUUUUUUCCCCUCCACUUUUUAACACUAGAGCAGCCUGAUGGCUUCCAAGUGUAAAAAAGAGUAGUUAUUGAAGUGCUGAUCUCUUCCCUGGUGUACCUUUAAGGCAGUAGCCAAAAUUCCUAGCUGCACUGCUGGAUUGCAAUGGAUGACUAAACAUGGCCAAAAGGAGCCGCAGUGUGACGUAGAAUUGCGGCUAAGCAAACUAUAGCCUGUAUGUAGAUGUUCUGGAUAUGGGUUCAUUCACCAUAAUAUUUCUUCAAUAUGAGCAUUAGCCCCCUGCCUAUAGUGAAUUAAUGUUUAUCGUAAAAAAAAAAUGUUGGUAAUAGUGUAAUUGUGAAAAAUUCAUUAAAAAGAUCUUAAAGCACUCAGUCAAUAAGGAUCAGUAUCUGAUACUGUAUCUCCUACUGGCCUUAUUGCAACCACCAACCUCUGUUAUUUUUCUGUCUUCACAAUUCCCUUUUUCCUGCUAGUCUAUAUUGUGAUUUAGCUCGCAACAUUUGUAUCUAUGGCAUUAUCAAAAAUACUUCACUCCGUGACUUCUCAUUAAAAUUUCUUUAGUAGGACAGAUUUGAUGGUGUUUUUAAUUUUAAAAAGUAAUUGUAAUUUUUGUUUUAAAGGGACACUCUGGUCACCAUAAUAACAAUCUAAAUUAUGUUAUUAUGGUGCCAGGAGGCCACCGGGUACACACUUACCUUUGGGGGUUAAACUGUUCUGAAUGGUUUAAUCCUAAAGGUUGCCUCCAGCACCUAUCUGCAGGUCCCCCAGACGGUAUCUGGGCAUCCUUCAGAGUCUGAGUUACAGAAUGCAUGGAGGGAUGCCGCUUACUGGCAAGCGUGGUCCGCUGACGUUCUGAACCAAUCAGUAGCUCCCCAGUCAUAAUAAAAAGGUACAUAGCUGGAGUCAACCUCUGGGGUUAAACCGUUCAAGAACGAUUUACUUUAAGUUAAAUGUGUGCUCCAUUUAGAUGAAGUUGUUAUGGUGACCGGAAUGUUUCUUUAAACAGACAUGCUAACUUACUGAAGUGGUUAAUGUGCAAAGUCCCUGUCCUUGCAACUAUUCUUUGAAAAAAUGUUUAAUUCUGAACAUAAAUACCUUCCUUUCUAUGUGUACAUGGCUGACUCACAGGGCUGUAAAUCAGCCAGGUUGAAUACUCUCUUCUUGGCUGGAAAUAUCAGGAAGGAAAACAAACAAGCCACUCUGUUGGGAAUUUAUGUCCCAUUAAAUUGAGUGCAAGAAGUUGCCUGUCCCCGCUGGACUACUGCAUGCUCAGUGAUAUUUUAGCUGAAGCUGAUGGAAGUUAAAAUAUGCAUCUAAUGUAACAGGAUAGUGAGGCAACUACUUGCUUAACAGUUCACAGAGGUUUUUUAAUGAUUUGAGUUUUAGUCCACGUUCGAUUUAUAUAAGAAGUAAUUAUUUGAAUGGGCACUUAAAAAAAAAAUGGAUACUUAAAACGGUGCUUCAACUAUUAAAGCUCUAACCCAGGGAUCCUCAAACUGUCGUCCAGAUGUUGCUGAACUACAACUCCCAUGAUUCUUUGAAUUGCAUAGAUAGCCAGAGAAUCAUGGGAGUUGUAGUUCAGCAACAUCUGGGGGGGCAGAGUUUGAGGACCCCUGCUAACCUAUGAAUUUGUCUUGUUACAUGAAUCAUCUAAGCUUACACUGUGGACUGGAGAUUGGUCCUCAAAUGAGAAGUAUUUGAUUAGAUAUGGUCUAGCACUAAGAAAAAAGUAAUUUAACAAAUAAAAUCUGUUUUUGGAGAAAUUUGAACCCUGGUGAAUAUCACGCUUCCUAAGGGAAGUAAUUGAUUAGAUACUGGAAGUAAUUGAUUAGAAUUGGUGGUGAAAGGUGAAGUGGAUCCCUCCAUCUACAUCGUGGGGAGGCACCAGUUGUGCUAUUAGCUUACCAUGUCUAGUGAGUGCAAUAAGUUUAUACCUGUGAUUUUUAAAUAAAGGUAUUAAGCUAUAAAUGCCGUUUCUUUGGUCUUUUAGAUUCAGAGCUGGUACCCCAAUUAUUUUAUCUGUAUGUAUCUAAUGAAAGGAAAGUCUGUUGGUUGCUUAAGUAAUAUUUGUGCCAAUUUGAGAGAACGCCUGUUUCAUUAAUCAUGUAAAUAAAGAAAUAAGCAGCAUUUUUUGACAUCGAGUUUCCCUUUAAAGGCUUACUUCAGCCACUGUGACCACUUCUGCUUUUAGAUAUGGUCAUGGUGCAAGCAAUCUG